AUGCUAAUGAGCCGAGUUGCCGGGCGAGGCAGGAACUUAUUUCCCUGUUUCUGUGUCAGGAUCGCAGAAAUUAUGCCCCUUCUCUCACCAUGAGCUGGCUCUCCAGUUCGCAGGGAGUUGUGCUCACGGCCUACCACCCCAGCGGCAAGGACCAGGCCGUGGGGGGGAGCCAUGCAAAGGCAGGGGAGGAAGCCACCUCGAGUCGCAGAUAUGGCCAGUACACAAUGAACCAGGAGUGCACCACCAAAGUUACAGAGAGGCCUCCAUUUGAUCGAUCAAGUUCCCAGGAUUCCUUGGAUGAACUAUCUAUGGAGGACUAUUGGACGGAACUAGAAAACAUCCAGAAAUCCAGUGAAAACAGACAAGAAGAUCAAGAGGUGGUUGUUGUCAAAGAGCCUGAUGAGGGAGAAUUGGAAGAAGAGUGGCUUAAAGAGGCUGGUUUGUCCAAUCUCUUCGGAGAAUCUGCUGGUGAUCCCCAAGAAAGCAUGGUGUUUUUAUCAACACUGACCCGGACCCAGGCAGCAGCUGUUCAGAAACGAGUAGAGACAGUCUCCCAGACCUUGAGGAAAAAAAACAAACAGUACCAGAUUCCCGACGUCAGAGACAUAUUUGCUCAACAGAGGGAGUCAAAAGACAAAGCUCCAGAUGGCCCUGAAUCGCAAUCAGUCAGAACAAAUGAAAACAAAUACCAAGGAAGAGAUGAUCAGGCAUCCAAUCUCAUUGUUGGUGAAGAGAAGCUGAUGCUACCUGAAGAUGCACCUGCCUCUGAAACAGACAUCAACCUGGAGGUGUCAUUUGCUGAGCAAGCAGUCAGUCAGAAAGAGAACUCCAAGGAGAAGACCCAGAAGAGCAUAGACAACGAUACCCUGUCACCUAGUUUCAGAUUGCCAAAAGACAAAACAGGCACCACAAGGAUUGGUGACCUCGCGCCCCAGGACAUGAAGAAAGUUUGCCAUUUAGCCCUAAUUGAGUUGACGGCCCUCUAUGAUGUAUUGGGUAUUGAACUGAAACAACAAAAAGCUGUGAAAAUCAAAAUGAAAGAUUCUGGUCUUUUUGGUGUUCCAUUGGCAAUAUUGUUAGAACAAGAUCAGAGGAAAGUACCAGGAACUCGAAUACCCCUGAUCUUUCAAAAACUGAUUUCUCGAAUUGAAGAGGGAGGUUUGGGAACCGAAGGCCUCUUACGAAUACCUGGAGUUGCCAUGAGAAUCAAGAACCUUUGCCAAGAACUAGAAGCAAAGUUUUAUGAAGGGACUUUUAAUUGGGAAAGUGUCAAACAGCACGACGCAGCCAGCCUGCUGAAGCUGUUCAUCCGGGAGCUGCCCCAGCCAUUGCUCAGUGUGGAAUAUCUCAAAGCCUUCCAGGCUGUCCAGAGUCUUCCAACCAGGAAGCAACAACUACAGGCUUUGAACCUUCUUGUCAUCCUCCUACCUGAUGCAAACAGGGACACACUGAAGGCCCUGCUUGAAUUUCUCCAAAGAGUAAUAGAUAAUAAAGAGAAGAAUAAAAUGACUGUCAAGAACGUAGCAAUGGUCAUGGCCCCUAAUCUCUUUAUGUGUAAUGCAUUGGGUUUGAAGUCCAGUGAACCACGAGAAUUUGUAAUGGCCGCUGGGACAGCAAAUAUCAUGCACUUGUUGAUUAAGUAUCAAAAACUUCUGUGGACAAUUCCCAAGUUUAUUGUCAACCAAGUGAGGAAGCAAAACACUGAAAAUCAUAAAAAGGAUAAAAAAGCCAUGAAGAAACUGCUGAAGAAAAUGGCUUAUGACAGAGAAAAAUAUGAAAAGCAAGAUAAGAAUACAAAUGAUGCUGACGUUCCUCAGGGAGUGAUUCGAGUGCAAGCUCCCCAUCUUUCGAAAGUUUCCAUGGCAAUACAGCUAACUGAAGAACUAAAAGCCAGUGAUGUACUUGCCAGGUUUCUCAGCCAAGAAAGUGGGGUUGCCCAGACACUCAAGAAAGGGGAAGUUUUUUUGUAUGAAAUUGGAGGAAAUAUUGGGGAACGCUGCCUCGAUGACGACACUUACAUGAAGGACUUAUAUCAGCUCAAUCCAAAUGCUGAAUGGGUUAUAAAGUCAAAGCCAUCGUAGAAGACUUAACAAGCUGCAGAUAACCACCAUGGGGACUUCUGUGAUAAUUCUUGCUGAGUCAAGAGUGUAAAUAAAAGAAAUGGCAGGACUCUCAUUCGAUUGUACCCAACUAUUAAAAAGUGACACUCUCAAGCCUUAAAAAGUCGUAGAUUUAUGCUGCUGCCAGAAUUAUGUUAAUUAUUAUUAAUAUUAUUAUAAAAAAUGUUUCUGAAGUGGGACGAAAGAGGCUUAAUUAAAUUAUGUGCUAGUUUUAUAUUCUCUGUGAAAUGUGUCCAGACAUGACAUAGUUUUUUUUUAAUAUGAAAAUAUAGUCUCUUCUCGCUCACUUUUUUCCUCCUAAAAUCAUAUAUACUAUAAUAUAUGCUUCCUCACCUUUAUUACCUCCUCACCUCUGCCGUCCCCCAGUUAGGUUUGCUUUUUAACCAAAAAGAUAAAUACCAGAUCUGGCAAGUUGUGAAGACAGCACAUAUUAAAACGUACCUAAUUUCAUAGUAUUCCUGUCACUGGAAUGUUAGUAUUCAUCUCUUUGAAUCAUUUGUUUAAAUAAUAACAUUCUGCUUCUUCCUGCUGUAUCACAUGAGGUGAUUUGCAUUUUUUUUCAGUUCAUCUGACAUAUGUGCACAGAACUGUAUCCACGAUCAAGAAAAUAGGGCUGUCAGAAGCUGCCAGUUAUUACUGAACCAUUAAAUACUUAUAUACUAAGAAUAAAUAAAAUAUGCCCAUGUGAAAUAACUGGAUUAUGGAUAAAAAGAGAGUAAAAGCCAGAUCACUCUGUGCAUGCUAUACUCUUCCAAAUGGAAUUGAAAAAGUCAUCGCUGGCUUUACCUGUUGUCAUAUGAGCAUUAUAAAUAUGCAUGAUAGCAUAAUCCAGUAAUGGUUGAAGAAUGUAUUCUACUUAAAUAGGGAUUUUUUUUUUUUACUCCUGAAUAAGUCUCCUGGAAGAGUGAGUUAUUCUUCUGGGUAUGACACAGUCAUGUGAACAAGCUUUUCUUUGUGCACUUACUUUAAUCAGAGUAAAUUUAUUAAAAUGUUGUGGAAAGUACUAUUCCCAGGGAUUUUAAUGCACACACCAUAUUGUGACAAGAGAUGAGCCUCUGUACUGUAAAUAAGAGAAAUGAAGUAAGAGAAAUGUUAAAUAUUUUAUGAGUUUAGAGUAUAGUAAAUAAAAGGUGAUGUACGUGAAUACAGCACAAACCGUGUUUAUGAUACUUUUAGUAGUACUUUAGGAAAACUACACAUUCUCAGAAGCUCUUGAUGUCAGUCUGUCUAAUUAGGAGAGAAAAUGCUGUUAAUGAGAACAGUCAUAUAUUUUUAGCAUAUAAUUACAAGAGCAGCCUGUGGAUAUGAUCACUUAAAUAAUUUUGUGGUGAUUUGUGCCAUUGCUUUUUUAUUUAAAAAGAAAUUUUGUAAUUAAAUGCCUUUUUCAAAAUUA